GGGAUAAUCACGGUGAAUUUGGCUGGAAGGCUGAGAGAAAACACUGAACAGGGAUGGCGGAUGAGGAGGAUCCGAAGGAGUAUCGCUGGGAGACGGGAUACGAGAAAACAUGGGAGGCGAUAAAGGAGGAUGAGCGCGGAUUGCUGCAGAGCUCCGUGGCGGAGAUCAUACAAAAGGCGAAGCGGAAGCGCCAGGCGGAGAAGAAGGGCCUCAGUCGCCUGGGCAUGAUGAGGCAUCUGUAUGUUAUUGUGGACGGAACUGAGAACAUGGGAUUGCAGGAUCUGAAGCCCACACGACUGGUGUGCACCAUGAAGCUGCUGGAGGUGUUCAUUGAGGAGUUCUUCGAUCAGAAUCCAAUCAGUCAGAUGGGCUUCAUCGUGCUGAAGAGCAAGAGGGCAGAGAAGAUCUCAGAUCUCACUGGAAGUAGUCGAAGGCACGUGAAAGCCGUGAAGGGACUGGCGGAUUUGGCCCUCACGGGAGAGCCUUCGCUGCAGAACGGUCUGGACUUGGCCUUGAAGACACUGAAGAUGGUUCCGGCGCAUGCCAGCCGGGAGAUUCUCGUGAUCAUGGGCAGCCUGACGACCUGUGAUCCCACAGACAUCCACGUGACCAUUGACGCACUCAGAGCCGAUGGCAUUCGCUGCUCCGUGAUCAGCCUGUCGGCCGAGGUGAGGAUCUGCAAGCACAUGACGAAGGAGACAAACGGACUGUACAGCGUCAUCCUGGACGACGCCCACUUCCGCGAUCAGCUGCUGCAGCAUGUGGAGCCGCCGCCGGCGGCCAAGACACAGGAGAACUCGCUGAUCAAGAUGGGCUUCCCGCAUGGGCGUGCGGACGAGGGCAAGGAUCCCGCGCUCACGCUGUGCACGUGCCAUCUGGACAGCGCUGACGAGCCGAGUCAUCUGUCGGUGGGCGGCUAUCAGUGUCCGCAGUGCCUCAGCAAGUACUGCGAGCUGCCCAUCGAGUGCAUCACGUGCGGCCUGACGCUCGUCUCGGCGCCACACCUCGCCAGAUCCUACCACCAUCUCUUCCCGGUGGCGCGCUUCCGGGAGCUGGAGUGGCAGCGGCAGUCGGAGCUGUGCUACGGCUGCCAGAAGGUCUUCUCAGAGAUGCACGACAGGCUGGUGUACCAGUGCGAGACGUGCUUGAUGAUCUUCUGCACCGACUGCGACAUCUUCAUCCACGAUGAUCUGCACACGUGCGUGGGAUGCAGCACCAUUCCGGCCACGGUGGCCACGCUGCAGAGCAGCGUCUUCAGCAAGUCGCUCCACUGAAGUGGUCAGAAAGGCUUCCGGACUUGAAUAAAAUAAGAUAAAUCG